AAAAACUUCUUAUACUAUAGACAAUAAAGUAUAAAAGCCUUACUUUUUAAUCAAAUAAAAUUAUUACUUCGUGAGUAGUUUCGCUAUAAAGAUUGAAAUUGUAUAACUAAAAAAAUGAAACUUCUAUAUCCUGCCAUAAUUUGGGGCCUUUUGCAAUUAUUUGCAGUAAAGCCUUUGAAAGCCUCAACCACGCCUACUCAAACCAUCUCAGCCAAGGAGCAACUUUUAGAAUACUAUGAUAAGGAAUUGCAAUUGUUGGGCAAGGUGUUCAGCGAAAAGGCUAAAAUUUUAGUGAAAAUUUACUAAAGGAUAAGUUACUACAACAGGCCUCUACGCCUACUAUAAAAGGAUUUAAACUGAAAAUAACCAACUUUUUAGAUAACUAUAACAUUUAUAGGCGUUAUAAUCUUAAUAUGCCAUUACUAUGGCAAUUUGUGGUACCAACUAUGCAUUUUUACCAACAAGAAACAAAGCUCAAUAAGGAUUCACAAGAUAUUUUUAAUUUAUUAAAAAAACUACAAUAUGAUGAGUUACGUGAUGAAUAUGAAGUUAAAUUUCAAGAAGUUAUUAAACAAAAAUGUCUACCAAAAUUAGAAGAACUUAAGGCACAACUUCUAACGAGCAAUUUAAAUAAAAAUACCCAGCUAUUAAAUUGGUAUGAUGAUAUUAAAAGGUGUCACGAUUAUGAAUGCUAUGAUGAACAAUUGGAUGAUUUAUAUAAUAUAUUAAAUACACCACAUGAUGACCUAUUGGAUUAUAUACUAGGAAAUCUAGACAAGAAAUAUAUAAACUACAUCAUUAAAGCCAACAAUAUAGCCAAGUGGAUUUUAAAAGAUCGUAAGUUAGCACAUCUCUCACCCCGCGUAAGACAACAACUAACUAACAAUAUCAAGAACUUUAUUAAGAAAUAUGAAAGCGGUCAUGAUAUAGAUCAAAUUCAUAACAUAAUUUUGGAUUUCUAUAGCAAUAUAUUAUUGAAAUUUUACUAUAAUAAGGAUUUACCCACAAAAGAUCGUCAAUUGUUAGUGAAUAUUUUCGCUCAAGAUGGUUUUGCUGAAUUUGAUUCUAAUUAUCAAUUGAAAUUUAAUAAUUUUGUAAAUACUGGACUUUUGAGACGAUUUGAAGAGUUUAAAGCUGCCUUAAGUCAAGCAGAAUUGAUGCGUGAGCAGUCCUUAUUAAGAUGGUUUGAUCACCUUAAAGGUUUAACCAGUUAUGCCGAUAGCGUGGUUGAAUUUGCAAAGUUACAAACGUUACUUAAGAGAAUUUAAAUUGAAAAUAUUUUUAUAUAAUUCUGUUGCUUAAA